UUCCGGCCGCACCUGGCGCUCUCCGCUCCCAGCCUCCCCCGACGCCGCGAGUUGCGCCUGGAGCCGCAGCGGGAGCGCGAUCCCCCCGGGAGGAGCCGCAGAAGAGCCGGCACCCGCUGUGGGAGGCGCGGUGACGGCGGCCGAAGCAACCUUGAGAGGCGAGCGCAGCCGCCAUGGCCGAGUUCCCGUCUAAAGUGAGCACGCGGACCAGCAGCCCCGCGCAAGGAGGCGCCGCGGUCUCCGCGCUGCGCCCGGACCUGGGUUUCGUGCGCUCCAGCCUUGGGGCGCUCAUGCUGCUGCAACUGGUGCUGGGGCUGCUGGUGUGGGCCCUGAUCGCCGACACCCCGUACCACCUGUACCCGGCCUAUGGCUGGGUGAUGUUCGUUGCUGUCUUCCUCUGGCUGGUGACAAUCGUCUUCUUCAUCCUCUACCUGUUUCAGCUGCACAUGAAGCUGUACAUGGUGCCCUGGCCGCUGGUGUUGAUGAUAUUUAACGUGGGCGCCACCCUUCUCUACAUCACGGCCUUCAUCACCUGCAGCGCUUCAGUUGAGCUGACGUCCCUGAAGGGCACCCGGCGGUACAACCAGCAGGCAGCUGCCUCUUUCUUUUCCUGUUUAGUGAUGAUUGCCUAUGGAGUGAGUGCUUUCUUCAGCUUCCAGGCCUGGCGAGGAGUAGGCAGCAAUGCAGCCACCAGUCAGAUGGCUGGUGGCUAUGCCUAAGCCAUCUGUGCCAUGGGCCACCUUGGGGUUGAAGGCUGCAGCUGGGUCCCAGUGCCUGAGCCCUGCAUGGAGUCAGCCCGAAAGGGCCUAUCCUUGCUCCUCUCUGCUCAUCCGACGCCUCAGGCUCACCUGACACUCCCAAGGAAUCGGGAUCCUUCCUUCAGCAGGUGCGCUGGCUGGAGAGAACCCAACAGCCAAGACCUCUUCUUCAUCCUCCAGAUUCAGCAGGUGAUGGGGGAGACAGGACACUCUUGCUUUUGUCUUUAGGACUCUGGGGUCCGAGGCCGGGACCCAGCCUUCUCCCUGGCACUAAAUAACUAACAAUGACUCCAGACCUGCAGCCUCUGACCCACCACAGAAUAAGCCUAACAAGCAGCACGUAUUUAUCUUUAUCUUAGUUUUUGUUCUGGGAGAGCUGAGCACAACUCCCCAAGCCAUUCUGAUUCCUGAAAACGUAAUUCUGGCCUGACUCCUUCCCCCAGAGCAACAUGUCACUUGUAGAAACGUGUAGAAAGAGGGUUCUGAUUCUCACAGUGCAGCCUUCCUUCCCUGCCUUUCAAACAGGCCAGUUACUUAAAGCGAUUGCUCAAUGAUGAAAAACUUCUCCGUGUUUCCCUCCCUUUCCCAAGCCCUCGUUUGUAAUGUUCCCCUGGGGAGAAGCUAACGUCAGUGCUGCCGCCUCCCUGACACUGCUUGACUGCCCGCGGGGACGUGAGCGUGGCCAGGAGGGAGGGAGGGAGAGCAAGGUCUUGCCUGUGAGUUGUCCUGUGCUUGGUGGGGACUCUGUUGGUUUUGUUUUUUUUUUGUUUUUUACAAAAAUAAAGAUGAAAGAACUUAUUUGGAAAAGAUGUUGGGGAAUCAAGAGUUUAGAUGCUUAUUAACGCCAGGAAGCUGCAGUGCACGUUAGUACGGGCAGCCCUCUGUAUCUGUGGGUUUCACAUCUGAGGAUUCAGCCCAUCGACUGACAUGAAGGGGUGGCUGUGUUCACUGUACUCGCCAUUUUAUAUAAGGGACUUGAGCAUCUGUGGAUUUGGGUCCCAGGGGUCCUGGAUACCAAGGGACACCCUCUCAAAGAUUCCAAAUGCCUAUGGAAAGGCCGUUCCAGUUCUGGAACUACUCAGCACCACCAGCCACUUCUUUGACCUGAGGCAGGGUGAGCAUCCUCCCGCCUGCUUUGUCCUGUUUCUGCAGCUUGUCGUGGCAGGAACUUAGUAGCACCCCGUUUUAUUUUCAAGGGUCUCCGUUUAACAAUAAAUCACCUAGUCGUCUUGCUGAACGUAAGAUUGCCAUAUGUCCCCUACCGUCAAAAUCUGAAGAUUCGGAGCUCAGAUAAUCCACGUGCCUGUUGCGCAGCUGCUACCUUCAGGGGAGGGGGUGGCAGCAGAGGGGGGAGGCCUCCUGAGCUUAUUUUCCUACAACUCUGAAUAAUAAGCCACAAGCAUGCCUGGGGGCACCCCUUGGUCCUGUCUUGAAAACGGGGGACAAUUAAAAUGGAACUAGAUUCAAACAGCUGCGGAUGAGCUAGUCCACCACGAAGGGGAAGGGGAUGGAGUUGGAUACCCCUGUCCCUGCGGGCCUGCGAGAGGGCCCAUUUAUGCUUGUUGUCCCUGUGUAACUAUUUAUUUCUUUGAAAAUUUGUCUUUUUUGUCCUUUGAGGCCAUGCCCACAGCAUAUGGAGGUUCCCAGGCUGGGGUGGAAUCAGAGCUGUAGCUGCCGGCCUACACCUCAGCCACAGCAACGCAGGAUCCAAGCCGUGUCUGCGACCUACACCGCAGCUCACGGCAACGCCGGAUCCUUAACCCACUGAUCGAGGCCUCAUGGUUCCUAGUUGGAUUCAUUUCUACUGCGCCAUGUCGGGAACUCCCGUGUGUAACUAUUAAUAGCCUCCUUUUUUACUUUCCAGUGUCUCAGAGUCUGAGUAAUAAAUUAUAGUUAUUCCAGGACUAAGCCAUAAGAAGAGAGUUUAGUUUUAAGGAAGAUCAACCCAUUUUCUUCUGAGGCUCGAGAGAGAAUAAAAUCCUAGGUAAGUCUUAGCAGGUUUCUGACACCUUAAAACAGCCUAUUUUGGUGAGGAUGUUCGCUGCCUUCUGCGGGAGGCCAAGGCCGCCCGGGCCCUAGCCCCUGCAGUCUGGGUCAACACUGCUUUCCGGCGGGGGAGGCUGGAGCAACAGGAGGCAGCAGGUGUCUCUGAGGCUGGGGCCUCACACCAGCCUUUCUCUCUCCGGCCACACCUGGAGCCCCACCAAAGGUGGACCUGAUGCAAAAGUUUCCAUGUGGACAGAGAGUUCUAGUUUGUUUAAAAAGAAAUCAGACAGCUUAUUUUCUAACAUGAAGCAACACUGAGCUUGCUUUUUUUGAGUGGAAAAGGAUGAAAAAGAACCAUUUGCCUUUCUUGUUCACUUUUCAUAAUUUCACCUUUGGAUGUGUCCACCUGCCUUUCCUCAGGCAGAUGGACCAGCGGGUCUUCCCAAGUGCUCAACAGGCCCACUGGCCUGAGAUGGGUGAUCCCAUUUGCAAAAAGAGCAAGAAGGGGAAGUAAGAGCAGGAGCGCAGCACUUUACAAGAGCUGGCCCUGAGACUGCCUUUGGCUUCCAAGACCCAACCAUGGACAACCCAAUGGCAGCAGCUACAGUAAAGAAAGGGGAUGACUCAUUUAAGAUAGUUUUUGCAAAACACCUCACAUUUUACUCAUGGUACAAAAGUACUUAGUAAGCGCCACAUCAGUACAGAAAAGCACACAGCCUAUAUAUAGCUCAUCCUUUAAAACCAGAACCAAAAGUCAGUACAGAUUCUUAUUUUUACUUGAAAAAUAUUAGGUAAAAACAAAAAACCCGUAAGGUACACACUGGGAACUGAACUAGCUAUGGUCUGUCUUUCUAGAGAUGUGACAACCAUAUUUUCUGGUCACUUAACAUUCGAGCAAACAUGGGACUAAAUCAGAGUGCUAAAUCCAAGCAGACAGGACCAGUAGCGCUGUCUGCUCUCUCCUAUCCGUGCUGAGCCAGACCAGUGAACACCAUCUUGGUAGGAUUAUUUUGAAAGCAAAAGGAAGUACGGAGCCCCCACCCCAACAGAGAAAACCUAAGGCGCUGAUUUACACAGAAAGGGGUUUCAGCAAACCUGCACCCACACUAACAUGCUCUAAGAAGCAGAUACUUGGUAAACUAGCUCCAGCGUACAGUCGCUCGUGCCCAGGAAAGCAGCAACACGAACACGGGAAGCAGUUUGGCUUUCACAGCACUAAUAGCUAAAAAGCACACAGCAUAUAAUACUUUGAUCUUGACGUGGGUAAUCAUGGAAGUUCCAAGAUUAUAUCCACUAGGUUAGCCUGAGUAUUCAUCUAUAAAAAUAUUUUUUCCAAAAAACACAAACAAGAAUUAUACAAACAGUGGGCUAGCAGCACCAGCAGAAGACACUGAUACGAAGACUGCAAAUGACAGACCAGGAAGUGAUUCUCACAGGUAGCUUUUAGGUAAAAGACGUCUCUCUCUAAGUUGAUUGCUACAGCCAUCACAGACUAGCUGUGAGAGCAAGAUUUUCAGAAAUCUUGAGGCGGGCAGCUAGACUGAGUUACACUCCAGAUAAAUACUCCCAGUUAAAAACACCAUUGGGGCUGCAGGACUGAAACUGACCCACA